UGUAAAAGUUUAAAAAUUCGAUAUAAUCCAAUCUCAUUUUAAACAGAAUUUCAUGUUUAAUUUAAUUGUUUGAGAGUAGAGUUUUAGACCUUUAAAAAAACGCGUUUUACUGUUAAAUUCAAAUCAAACCAUGAACAAUUGAAACGCAACCCUAAUGUUAUUUAAACCGAUGCUCAUUUCGUAUGAAUUCAAUUGUUAAUACUGUAUGUUAGUUCAUACAUAAUCACACAUUGUGUGGAAAAUAGCCUACACGUCCGGAUACACUGACGUAAAAGGAACGGAAAAUUAAUUGAGAAACGGUGGAAAUCAAACCAGUCGAUUCAAAUGCCACCUGAUCAACAUGCUGUGGGGAAAACUGGAGCUGUGACGUCACCCCUCCCCUAAAUUUCUGUCCCAAACUGGAUUGUUUAUCUCCAAUGGGUGUCUCCCAAAUUUCCUGCCGAGCUGAUAUGGGUUGGGGUGAGGGCGCCUCCACACUGCCAGCGUGAAGAGAGCGCUGUGCACACACCCCCCUACACGGGACUGCCUGCACAGACCGGCCAGUGUGAAGGACCUGUGCGCUAUUAAUACAGAACGCUUCCUCCAUUACCCGGCUCAUCUCUCUCAUUGAACUCAGAAGAACUUCCAUGUAAACUGGAUUCCUGAACAGUCACUGCUGUUCUCCACUGCAUCGAGUUGCUCAUCUAAACCUCCUUCAUCAUCUCCACGCCAUGGAGCUCAAAGUCUGGGUGGACGGAGUUCAGAGGGUCAUCUGUGGAGUCACUGAGAAAACUACCUGCCAAGAAGUGGUGAUAGCGCUGGCACAGGCAAUGGGUCGUGCGGGCCGCUACACUCUAAAGGAGAAGUUUAAGGAGUUUGAACGCAACGUGAUGUCGGACGAGAAGCUGCUGGAGUCCCUGAAUAAGUACGGCCAGCAGGCUAGCGAGGUGCAGCUCAUCCUUAAACACAACGGCCCUUCCCUCGAGACAAGGCACUGCUCUCAGAUCCGCGGCACUCGCGGAGCAGCCAGGAGUCUGCACAGGCAGAGCCUUCCUGCCCUGGACAGGGUCCGGAUGAGCGCAGACCCAAAACCCGAAGAGAAGAAAGCCAAGCGCAAAUCGCUUACCUUCGCGGAGGAGGCUAGGGAGUGGAUCGAGUCCUUCACCAGAACAAGACUGCACCGAGUCCGGGGAAAGGGGAGGGAUGCUGGGAGGAGAGAAUCCAGCAUCAUCAGCCAGCCCGUGGAGGAAGCAGGCCAGAUUAUCCACCUACAGAACAGCCGAGAGAUCUCCAGCAAGGAGGGGAAUCUGCCCAGGAUCACAGACGACCAGGAGGAGGAGUCAAGUCCCGGGCAAUCAACAAAAGAGGAGCUUCACCAUCUGAUCAGGCGGCAACAGGCCCAGCUCGAGACCUUCCAGUCCCGUCUGGACGCCACCGAGGCCCAGAUCCGAGCGCUGGAGGAGCAGGAGAGCCUGGCCAAGGAGAUCGCCCGUCUCGGGCAGCUGGUGGAAUCGCGGGCAGCGGACGUGGAAGAGGUGGACUUCUGGGAGAACGAGCUGCGGGCGGAGGAGGUGUACGAGCAGGACUUGCAGGAGCAGUUCCUGGAGAUGAAGGAGAAGGUGCAGGAGUGUAAAGGGAAGCUGGAGGAGUACAAGAAGAGGGAGUCGAGGCACGGCUCUCGGGCGGAUCAAGCAGACAGGCUGACCGGAGAGCUGAGCCAGAGCUGCAAGGAGGACAGCCGGAUGGAUAACUCCCUGGCCCUGACCCAGGAGGCACUGCAGGAGGCUGACCAGGACUUCCAGGUCAGUCACUCUCUCCAGGGGGCGCCCUUCCCAAAGGUAUCGUACCGUUUUAGCGACACCAGUGGCAGUCCGGGACCGCUCAGGGAGUGGGUGGCGCGGUGGUCCAAAGAACUGUCGUCUUCCUGUUCUGCGGCCGGCGACCUCAGUGGCUGCUCCGAGGCAGUCCAGCAGACGGACAGCACGGCAGUUUAAGAGCAGUGAAUAGAAGUCCCGUCCCCUGCACUGCCCGACUCUGUGCCCCGCCUUGUCUUUUCAGAAGAAACAGCAGGAACUGGAAGCUUUAACGGGUGAGCUCUGGCAAAUGACCCUGCAGCACUUCAUCCAUGAAGUAGGGGCUGGACCCCCAUGCCCCGCUCCCCCAGGACGAUCCCAGCUCUCCCUGGAAGAAAUCCAUGACAAACACACCAGAGGAAUCAGAAGUGCUCUCCGCUCCACCCCUCGGAAACCCCAACGUUGCAGGACGGCUUUACAGUUACACCAGUAUAUUACUAGAAUGUGAGGGAGCUACGACACCGUACCAUAAAGCAUCUAAGGAAUUACUUUGGGAACAGCAUGCGUCAGAGACUAGUCAAAGUAAUUGCUACAAGCCGUGUGAUUUCAUGACACUGCCCCAGCGUCUUUCGCAGUGGUUACUGUUCCCCAGUACUGGCAGACUCUAUACAGAACACAGAGCAAACCUUCUAGAGAGCUCUGCAUGCUUUCAAGCGCAGUUAGCAGCACCUAGAGGGAGCUCUGCAGGUUCGGAUUACAGGAGACACUCUGGAAUUCAAAGUUUCUGAAUACUCUGCUGCAGCCGGAGAUCCCAGGAUUCUUUUUUUGGAAAAUGUACGAUUGAUGUUAGACCUGUAACUCAAAAUAAUAAAUUCUCUCAGCAUUUUCCAGUUGUUACAACAUUGUUUAUAUCUUACUCUAUGUAGAAAGUCAUCAUUUAUACUGUAUAUAAGAAUUAAUAAAAUCCUAAACUUGGAUAUGCAUCUUAUUUAAAUCUGUUUAACAUUUCCAUCUUUUCAUUUUUAAAGCAGGGUGUGUCCGGGAGGCUAAUCUGGUCUCUAGGGGAAUGACAUUCAGUCGUCCAGGAGACCAUUUCUGGCCAUCUAAUUCAAUAUGGCCUGUGGUAGAAUUGAGUUUUCAAUUACAGACAAUCCCGCUUUAAAAGUAAAGCCAGCACUUAUUUCAUUAUCCGAGAGUGAGCGUGUGUUCCUCUUUAGUAAUUAAGUUUACUCUAAAUGCAAGACAGAUCUAAAAUAUAUAUAUAUUUAACAAAUAAAAUGCCACAGGAGAGGUCAACAGCAGGGUUAAUUGACAAUUAGUGAACUUCUCCCAUAAAAUGAGAU